GUUAAACCAGACGGAGAGAGAGAGUGAGAGAGUGAGGGAGAGGAGAAAAGCCAUCAUCUCUCCUGGAGAUGAUCAAUAAGCGGGCCACACAGAGAGCAGACGAAUGCAAGCCCUCUUCCCUCCCACUCUGUCGCAUCCAUCCAUUCAUCUCCAAGGGCGGUUCAAGGGGUGACGAGACCAGACGGACACAUGUUAUGCCGUGCGUAAAGCGUGACACCCCGAUGUGUGUGUGUGUGUGUUUUUUUUUUUUUACACGUUUUUUGCAUCUGUUUCGCACUUGGAGCCACUGACAUGAGGAGCUGAAACCGACACCGACCCAACAAUGAAAAUGCUCCGGUUUCGCAGCCCCAGCAUCCGCUCCUUGGACCAGGAGGUCCUCUGCACGAUCCGAUUACUGGACGACUCCGAGAUCUCCUGCAGCAUCCAGAAAGAGACCAAAGGCCAGUUCCUGUUGGACCAUGUUUGUAAUCACUACAACCUGCUGGAGAAGGACUACUUUGGUAUACGAUACGUAGAUCCUGAGAAACAAAGGCACUGGCUGGAGCCCAACAAGCCUGUGGUGAAGCAAAUGAAGUCAGCUCUGCAGCCGUUCACAAUGUGCUUCCGGGUCAAGUUCUACCCCCACGAGCCAAUGAAAAUUAAGGAGGAGCUCACCAGGUAUCUCCUGUACCUCCAGCUGAAGAGAGACAUCUACCACGGCCGCCUCCUGUGUCCGUUUGCUGAGGCGGCGUACCUGGGAGCCUGCAUCGUACAGGCUGAGCUGGGAGAUUAUGACCCAGAGGAGCAUCCAUCAGACUACAUCAGAGACUUCAAGCUAUUCCCUAAACAGUCCCUCAAACUGGAGAGGAAGAUUAUCGAAAUACACAAAAAUGAGCUCAGGGGUCAGUGUGCAGCCUUGGCGGAGUUAAAUAUGCUUCAAAGAGCCCACAGCCUGGAAACGUAUGGAGUCGACCCUCAUCCAUGCAAGGACUUUACAGGCUCGACUGCCUUUCUGGGCUUCACGGCCACCGGAUUUGUGGUUUUCCAGGGAAACAAGAGGAUUCACCUCCUCAAAUGGGGUGACGUAAGCAAGCUAAAGUUUGAAGGCAAAACCUUUUAUGUCAUCGGAGUCCAGAAAGAGAUUAACUGUACUGUUUGUAAUCCUGUCCACCAUCACACACAAUCUAUAUGUGUGUCGCUGUUUCAGAUCUCCUUAACAGGCAGGAUUCAGUGUAACAGGAUGAAAAAGCUGGUGUUGACAUUUCACACCUCGACUCCUGCAGCGUGUAAGCACCUAUGGAAGUGUGGGGUGGAGAACCAGGCCUUUUACAAAUGUGCGAAGUCGAGUCAGAUAAAGACCGUCUCAAGCAGCAACAUCUUCUUCAAAGGCAGCAGGUUCAGAUACAGUGGAAAAGUAGCAAAGGAAGUGAUAGAGGCCAGCUCCAAGAUUCAGCGAGAUCCACCCGAGGUUCACAGAGCACAGUUUGGUCAGAGUCGAAGCUAUAACUCUCUGAGCCAUAAAAACCUGAUCAUGAACAUGGAGCCUCUGGUACCCGCACUGCCAUCCACCAACGAAUACGAAGAGGCGGCAGCAGACCCCGCAGGUGUUGUUGCUGUGAAGGAUCCAGUUCCUCUGUCUCCUCUCGAAUCCUCAGCGGCGGCGGCGGCGGCGGGGGCCGACACAGAACAAUCAUGUGCAGAGAGAGGAAGCUCUUCUUUGAUCAAUGACCUGCAGCCUCACUGUGUCUCCAGGGAAACCCCGUACCUCCCACCCCUAACGCCAAAAGCUGACGACGGAUUGGAGGAAGACGACGAGGGCGGCGGUGCACUCACCAUCUCUGAACUUGCAUACAGCCCCUGCGCCAGCAUGCUCCCCACCCCAGUGGAAGACGGUCAGGGAGGGGUCAACCAGCUCUUCUCCAGUCCUGUCCAGAGUCCCGCUAGAUUGCUGAGAGAGCUCCAUGCUGACCCCGACAUCCAGGCCCAGUUGGAGGCCGAGAGGGAGCGAGACCGCGAGUUUGAACGCACUCGCCUGGCCGCCAGAAGUCGAAUGAGCGGAGUCCUGGCCAACAGCCUGCGGCUGCUCUCGUCCAAUGAGAGAGUCAACACCUGGGUGGUGGGGGUAGCCAGGUUCGUAGCUGUGCUCAUGGGGGUCCUGCUUAUCACUGUGCCCACACUGCUGCUGCUGCUGGAGUCAGACAUCGACGUGUCGUUCCUCCACGAGAUCCGACAGACACCAGAGUUUGAGCAGUUCCACUACGAGUAUUACUGCCCGCUUCGACGCUGGAUUCUGUGCAAGAUCAGCAUGGCCAUGGAGAACCUGUGGUCUGACUAGGCAAGAUGGAGAAAGAGAGCGAAAUCAGUGAUGAGUCAAGGAAAAAGGAAAAAGCUGGGCCCAAAUGUCUGUCUAAACAUGAUUUAUUGUGAGAGUCUUAAAAAGUUCGGGUCGACGAUUCAACCUGCCAAUGAGGUGAAGGAAAAUUUCUUGUUGGGAUUGAGUCAGUAUGUGCUAAACACUUUGGAAACAAGCAUUGUUCUUUCUCCUCAUUGGUAGAACGACUUACCUCUUAG